ACUAUUAAUACUUGGCCUCAAGCUUCCAUCAAGCAUUGAUCGUUUUCUGCGGUGACCGCGAGCUAUCGUCUAACACAGCUCUCUCGCUUCACAACGGCAGUAACGUCACAAAGCUAAAAGGAGAUGGCCCGUACCAAGCAGACUGCUCGUAAAUCCACUGGAGGAAAGGCCCCAAGGAAGCAGCUCGCGACCAAGGCAGCCAGGAAGAGUGCGCCAUCUACAGGAGGAGUCAAGAAGCCCCAUCGCUACAGGCCGGGCACUGUGGCCCUGAGGGAGAUCCGUCGUUACCAGAAGUCCACGGAGUUGCUCAUCCGCAAGCUGCCCUUCCAGCGCCUGGUGAGAGAGAUUGCUCAGGACUUCAAGACUGAUCUCCGCUUCCAAAGUGCUGCCAUCGGUGCUCUACAGGAGGCCAGCGAAGCUUACCUGGUGGGUUUGUUUGAGGACACCAAUCUGUGCGCUAUCCAUGCCAAGCGUGUCACCAUCAUGCCCAAAGACAUCCAACUGGCCCGUAGGAUAAGGGGAGAAAGGGCCUAAGUACCCCUUGACACAGCUGUGUCAAGAUAAAUAUUUAUCAUACCUAAUGAGUUUUUUUUUUUUUUUAAUUUCUUGGGUAUUCUUUUGAGUUGAUUUUUGUAUCAUGUUAGACAUCAGCCAUUCCACAAGCUAAUGGGUAGUUGUGUAGGAAUAUUUGCCUGUUAUUGUUGUGACAUUUAAGACAUCACUGCCCCGCCAAUUUCUUUGUGGAUAAUGGCCUCCAUCCAUGAUAAUAGCGUCUCAUCAUUGACCAUUUCUGGCACAAAAUGCAGCUUGCCCAACAAAUCUCUUCUCCACUACUGUUACACAACUCUUGGUGCAAGGAGCAGACCUUAUUUUUCCGGACUGCUUUUUACAUGUUUUCCAACAUUGAACAAAAUCCUGGCAGCUACAUUUUAAUAAUUGAGAAUUGUCACGUCUUUCUAUUAAAGGUCUUUAUGAGUAAG